AUGGACAUUGAAGAAUUAAAGUUGCAAAUAGGCUUAGUGCAAGCUAAAAGAAAAAGGUUAGAACUUUUAUUGUCAAGAUAUUUGGGUGAUACAAUUAUUGCAGCUAAUGAGGAUCGAAUUGUGAAACUACAAAAAGAAUUAUUGUGGAAGUUGGCAAAUGAAUUGUUUGAUGCUUUUUCCCUGACUGACUCUAAAACACAUGAAUUAUUUAUAGGAGCAAAAGAAAUGACUAAUGUAGGGUUUUAUAAUAUGCUAACCUGUUAUGACAAGGGUAUAGCUCGGCUUGAGACAAUUUUACGUCAAGAUGUUCAAUCGUCACAAAGUAAUCAGGUUCAAUCAUCACAAAGUAAUCAGGUUGAGAACGAGGAUGUAAGGCAACAAUCUGGUGAUAGCAGUCAGCACGUAAAGUGUCAACGUAGACAUACCACUAAUAUUGAAAAAAAGAUACUCGAGGAUAUACUUAAUUAUGAUUCUUUUCCUGAAGACAUAGCUAUUGAAAUCCUAAGAAAGCUUCAAGAUUAUAGUCAAGAUUGA